AUGUCUUUUGGGUAUUCUAGGACCAACACAUACAGCCAAGAAUACAGGACAUCUGUAGGUGAAUCAGAGAAGGCAUUUCAAUGUCCUAACUGUCAGCGAUAUAAAGUUACAAAACGUGAAGAUGGUACAUACAUUUGUAACCAUUGUAAUUUUAUUGCUGACAUUCACGAAACUUAUGAAGAUGUUGAUAUGGUUGGAACACAGGCAGAUAGUACAACAAGAUCUUUUCGUAUUUCUCAAGCUUCUCAAGUUGAUGAACAAAGAAUUAACAAAGUUGUCAUUGCUGAAGCUUUGCAAUUAAUGCUAGCAACUGAAGUAGUUUAUGUCGAAAAGCUUUUGGGUAUAAGUAUUUCAGCUGAAGUUUACAACGUAUUAAAUGCUUAUCCAGGAUUACUUAGAUAUCCUGUUUCAGACACGACAUUUCCAAAAAUACCACUAAUUGUUCUUAGUGGCAUACUUAGUAAAGGCAUACCAGUUACUCAUUUCGAUAUGAUUCAUUGGAUUACAACAGGAAAGAUACCAUAUCGUUAUCCAUUAGAUUAUUUACCAAAUUCGUUUGUCCAGAGAUUGUCUACUGCAGAGCAAAAGGUUUUAAAUCCAAAAAUUAUUAAUCUACAAUAUUUUACUGUAGAAUUAUCACAUUACGUCAAAGAAAAAUUACUCCCUCUUCCAAAUAUUAACUUGACACUAUGGAGGAUAGCUUCUUUUUUAAGAUUACCAGAAGAAUCAUUUAUAGAGUUUUGUACUGCUCUUUCUAAAUCAAAAAGAAUUGUAACGAUACCAGAAAUGAACUUCGCGUUUGGUCGCGUCUCAGUUGAGCAAAAAUGGUUCAAAAUUACGACAUUUAUUAGAACAGCUUAUGCAGCUCCUUUGGCGCUUGCUUUUUAUGCACUUUGCCUUAUCUACAGACUUGAUGGAACUAACUGGAUGCAUCCUACGUUCAAGCACACAGGAUUUCCAAGUUUUUCGGAGAUUUCAAAAUAUAUUCUCCAAAAUGACAGAGUUAUACCUGCAUUUCCUACUGUUAGUACAGAUGUUCCAGUUCUACACGCAGAUCUCAUGAAACGCUUGGAAAACGCCGAAUCUCUUCAAACAGAGAUUUAUCCAAUAAUUGUAAACGAAAAAGAAGGACUUGGAGAAGAAUGUGAGAUCCCAUUCGAAGACAUGACACUCGAAGAUCUCUCCAAUGACAAGAGAUUGAUAUUAAGAUAUUUAAGUGAUUCGUUUGGCGUCAGUCAGUUAUUGAUUUUACAACAGUUCAAUAAAAUCGCCAAAAAGAGAUAUGGGUUUGUUCCAUCAAGAAGUCCGAAAAAUAUUAAUUAA